AUGCUGCCAAUAUCAAUUUUACUAUUCAUAAUGUCAGUUUCAACAGCAUUUGCAACAGAGAAAAAGUGUCCACCGGUUAAGAAAGGAGCCUGCUGCACUGCUCCAAUCUCUCCAGGUUGUCGGUUACCGCGACAGUGCUACAAAUAUAUCAUGGCUAACUGUCCAGACAGGAAAAUUGCUGUGUUCUCAAGAAAAGUCGGGAAUGAUAGACGAUCGGCACCAAGAAAGCCACUGGGUAAAUGUGGAACCGCUGAAGUAAACUACCAACCAUGUACAUCGAAGGGAAUCGCCAAUAAGCUAUUCCUUGCUUGCUGUCAGUUGUACGUCCCAGAGGAGUGUCAUCAUAUGUGUGUCUAUGAAACUGAUCAGUCUGUAACAAGAAACAUGCUGACCAACAUGAGAAAAGAUAGUCAAUGCCGCAUCAAACACCUUUCUUCUAUCUUGUACUGUGCCAGUCAAAACAGAGAUAACAGAAAAUGUUGCUUGGACUUGGAUCUCAAUGCUCCACAACUUCAAGUUGGGUCCCGCUGUCUCCGAAUGUGUGAUCCAUCGGGUACCUCUAUCGAUAGAAUAACCAAAGAAGAUGUGACUUGCUUGUAUAACUGGAAUGUCAUCAUGUACUGCCAUCACGCUGGUAUCCGGGAAAUGUGA